CUUUCUUAAACCAGGACACCUUACACACCUCAACCUCCAAACCUCAUCCAAACCUCACUUUCGACGCGCAGCUUGAAUAUUGCUACCUCAGCGAAACCUACCUAUGAUAACGACAGAUAAUCGCUAGACAGUAUCUACCUAUAUAUCAGUCACUCGACCUAGCGCGGACUCUUGCUUCACCACCGGUGAAGUCGUCAAAACAGCUUCACCACCAUCAAUCAGCGUCAUCGAAGCACAUCAGCGAGACUCACCCACCAGCGAAGCGGCCUUGUCAUCGCCCAUUCUUUGCCACAUCAGCCACCAGAACCAAAUACACUUCUUCACACCACAGCUCCAAGAUGGCGACUAUCUCAAAAGACGAAGCCAUCAUCCGCUCCUCUGGCGAAGCCGCCCGCGCCUUCACAGACUGGUACUACACCCAACUCACCGACGGCAAACCCGUUUCCUCCUGCUACGUCAACACCAACGCCAAGUACCUCGCCGCCUCGCACCCGCCCGCCGACAUCUGCAUCAACGGCCAAGUCGUCGCCACGCCCGAAGAGUGGGACGCCCUUCUCGAGCAACAGCGCCUCAUCACUUUUACCCAGCAAAAGGGCAAAGUCAAGUACGAAGUCGAGGGGUUCGACGUGCACGUCAUCAACAAGGAUUACCGGUUUGCUGCGCCUGCGGAGAUCGUGGCGGCUACGGAUGCCAAGAUGAUGCAGAGGACGGAGGAUGCGCGGUUGAUGAUGGUGGUUACCGUGGCUGGGAGUGUGACUUUUGGGGGCAAAGAAAAGGGCACGCCGCCCAAGCAGCAUUUUUCGGAUGUCUUUGUUUUGGUGCCAAAUUGGGAUUAUGUGACGAGGCCCAAGUUCAAGGGGCAUAAGAGGUAUUUGGUCGCUAGUCAUACUUAUAGGGCUUAUUAAGGUGGGAUAGCUCUGUGUGACGGAUGGGGGACACAAUGGGAGAAGCGUGAGGUUGUGUGUGAGCGGAGGGGGUAUUUGAAGGCAUGUAUCCGAGGUAUUUGUUUCACCGGAUUUUCACAUCAGCCAAGGGUUUUCUUCAGCGUCUUUUUUUUCUCUCUUUUUAUUUACAUGAGUUUAUGGAUUCGGCGUCAGGGAGGGAAAAGAGAAGGAUUGUUAGAUGGCUACGAUCAUCCUCGAAGCGGAGCAUGUGGGAAGCCAAUACCUCUACCACAAAAUACAUAUGGUACCUCGAAAAGCCAUCAAGAAUGAUACACACUACAAAUUGUUUUACAGAA